AUGGACGGAAUAAAGUCAAUGGUAAGUGUUAUAUCCCACUGCACCGGGUCUUCAAGAUUCUCGUAUAAUAAUACAACCGUCUUUUGCGUGGUUCAUGGGCCAUCAGAUGCCAUAUCCAGGCAGGAAGACCCCGACCGGGCUAUUUUGGAUGUCCGGUGGAGGGACAUGGUGCUUAUCAACGGAAGAGUUUAUGAUAAGUACUUUUCAAGAGUAAUCGAGAAAAUUCUUUCCAAAAACAUCAUCUUGGAGCUGGAUGCUUGCAAGGUCAUACAGAUAAGUUUCAACGUUGUAGGAGAAACAAGGAACACCCUUUUCUGUGCUGUGAAUGCGGCGCUUUUAGCACUCGCAGACGGGGGAAUUCCCCUCAGGUCGAUGUUUUAUGCUAGUAGCUCCUUUAUGCACGAGGAAGAAGUUGUUGUCUUUGAUAAGGACGAGAACAUAUUGUCCACCCACUCAUUCGAGGGCAUUUCAGAGACAAACAUAGAGAAAGCAAGGGAUUUCCUCAAAUAUGUCAAAGAGGCGCAGGCAUACACUUUAAGGUCCAAGUUUCCCUUCUGUGCCGACUAG